AACAGGAAUUAUGAUUCUGAAGGAAUUAAUUUUUUUCCCAAAUAUUCCAGCAUGGAAAAUGGACAGUGAAUGAUAAUGAUGAUUCUUGUAUCUCAGGAGGGUCCAUGCCAGUAACAAACACACACUGGUUCUAUUUCACUUCUUUAUCAUCUGUCUCAGCUGGUUAGCUACUCAGCCAAUUAACUAAUCAAUUGUGUUAAUUUGUUUUCUCUUCACUUUUGUCAUUACAUAAAGAAAACUGUGAGACUUUGCGCCUGAUCAACCAAGAAAAAGAUGGCAGUAUUUUGUUCUCGUGGGAAGAGAUGCCAGUGGGAGAGGAUGAUCUUAAAACACAUAUUGGAUUAGCAUGUCCUGAUUCAAAAGACUACAGGGUUGUCUGGGUUUUUGAUAAAGUUGAAUAUGUUACCAGCUGUUCCAUCAAUCAACAUCACACACUUCUGGCUUUUACAAUCCUAACUGAAAUGGUUGAUGAAUUUGCUGGCCAAAAAAUUUACACAGCAUUUUUGGCUGAGAUUCUCACCCCAAAUCGCUUGUUUUCACUAAAUAUCGAAAGAGUCAAUUUCUUGAAGGUCCAAUUUUUGCAUCUGACCAAUAAGACUGGCCAAGAGAGCGAGUUCUCUGAUCGUCAAGCAUACAUGCUUGUAUUCUUGCACAAAGAAUCUAUUGGGCUUUACCAUAUUCCUUUAGCCAGAGCAGAAGAUGCCAUGAUAAUGAAACGUCAACCAGAGAAAGAACAGCUAAUCGGAGAGUUCUUGUGGUCUUCCUGGGACGUCCAUAACCAGCGACUCCACUACAUUUACCAUCAGCAUGAUGACAGCGUUGGUUACCGAAAGUUCCAUACCAUUCUCUCUACAUUACAGUUCAGCGAUAAUGGCAACUACGACAGCAUGAUUGAUGUCCCACUGAAUUUUCCAAUUCCAUUUAUGUCAAAGACCAGCAGACCAGUCUACAUUGACAUCCCUCUGUGUUCUGUUAUUCCUGAUCGUUCCAUUAACUUAGAAGUGAUAACAAUGCCCAAUGGUACCUUCUGUAUUUGUUACCAACCAACUCUGUCUCAGAAUCAACCUCAAGCAGUAACCCCUGAAGAAAAAGAACACAACAUUACUGAUGAAGACUUGGUUGAUGUCACAUAUUUCGUUUGUUUGGUCCACCAUGCCCACACUUUGCAAGGUUCAGUUUCCAAGAUCCCAAAACACGAUGCCACAAGACGUCGCAUUCUUUUCACAUGGUUUAAUGGAUACCUGGUGGUUAGUCUCCCAGGAUUUUUCACUCACCUCCUCAACGUCAGUAUUGAAUACGAACCGUGUAACCACAUCCUGUUGCACAGAGAAUCCCUGUACGGCAGUGUUUGUAAAGAGAAAAAACCAUCACAACCUGAAGAUCGAAAUACAAAAGGGAGCAAAGCAAAUGUGAACCUGGAUGACAGCCAACACAACUACGUGUCUCUACUUCAUUCCAGCAGUAAACGGUUACAGUUAAGGAAUCACUACUGUAAAGGAAUGUAUCUAUCAGGUUGGCUGGUCUAUGACAAGAAAUCUCAGCGUUUAUACAAACUGCUGAUCAACAAAGACCAAUUACUCCAUUUGUUUAGCUGUUGCUACCUUUCAACCACCCGCAUGGCUCUGUUCCAUUAUAUCUUACUCCAUCUCAGAGACUACAAUGCCAUCAAAGACAUUUUUGUUGCUCUCAGCAAUGACUGUGCCAGUCCAGAGGUCCAAGAACUUUUAUCUGAGUUCCUAGUCAGUACGACCUAUUUGAAAAUGAGGCAAAGAGUUUCCAAGAGCAUCUUAACGGUGGUCCCUUUCACAACAGCUGAUAGCUUCAGAGGACAAUUUGAUAAGAACCAGUCAAAUGAGAUUUUGUCCAAAAUCCAGUACCAUGUUUUUUCCAAUAUCAGCAUCAGUCGCAAGUCUGUAAAAGACCGCAUGGGUUUCUCUCGGAGCGCUGACCUCUGGGACACACUACGACAGCAUCUGCGCCAGAACCAAAUAUUCCAAUUACAGUUUCCAAGAUUUUCCACGAGCAAGUUGGCUCACCAGAACCAAUCGACAUUAAUUGAUAUCCAGAAAUUGAAUGAAGUUGAUGUAACUGAUGGAAAUGUAUUUCUCACCAAACUCAUAUCCAAUCAGUCUGUCAGAGAACAGAGUUCUUCUGAAUCUGAAGUGGAUUCUAUCAGAACCCAUCAUCCAUAUUCAGUUCUUGGAGCCUUGCCACAUUUUCUUGAAACCACCAAACUCACUAAGCAAUAUGGGAUUCUAAUGCUUUUGACAAAAGAAGCCUUCACUGAAUUUCUUAUAAAAUUCCGGAAAACAGAACCUCAGGUAAAGUUGGAGAACAUUGCAAAGGAAUACGUUGCUAGUCAGUUAUGUCAAGCUCGCCAGUUAUGUCAGUUUGCCUGGAGCGUUAAUAAACCGCAUGAAAAGCGUGCUUUGUACCAAUCUCCUACAAAGGAAGAAUAUGGUUUAUUCCAGUUGUUUGAACGGAUAUCAAUGGCACUCAAAGAACAAACCUUCCCAAUAACUAAUGGUUUCUGUACCUAUUUUACAACUCUUGCUUUUCGUUGUCUCAGUCUCAGCCAAUUCUUGCAUUACGUCGACAGUGGUGCUGUGUUGCUAACUGACAGGUUUGUCAAACAGGUUAUAAGUGAUUUGAAAGAUGAUGAUGUAUACAGUAGUCUUAAGUACCAGAUCAUCACCAGACUUUCAGAGAAAUCUGCCUUACAGUUUUGUCAAGACUGGAAACACCCCUACAGUACAACAUUCUUCACAAUGAACUCCAUACCAGAUAUAUUAUUAAAUGAUUGGGUGUUGACAGGGGAUGACCCAGCCUCUGCCUUCAACAAUGAGUCCAUGUUCUACCCAUUGGCUGCCUUCACACAGUAUUUAAAUGAGAGAAAUGAACCCAAUAAUGGCGACGGUAUGAAUCACCUUAGUAACAGAAGACUCCAAGAUGUUGCCCUUUGUCACACAAGCAUCGAGACUGAUUGUGAUUUAGGAAAUGUCAACUUUUAAUAUUCCUCACUUUGUCACAUACAUAUUAUUUAUUUAUUUAUUUAUUUCUAUUCAAACCAAAGAAACGAGAAAACAAAAGAGAAGCAUGUACCAUUAUUUGAACUGAUGUCACAAAAACCAGAAAAUGAUGGUGUACUAUGACAGAGGAGGGUUAUUAUUAUUAUUAUUAUUAUUAUUAUUAUUAUGUUUCCUAGGUUUUAUUUAUUUAUUUUAAUUUCCUUUUAUAUUUCAAAGAAGACAAAAGCGGUAGAACAUCAAAUGAAAUGCUGUUGCUGUAUUCAGUUAUGUUUCUUGUGUUCCAAGGUACAAUUGACCUUUUAAUUGUUAACCUAGGUCAAUAAAUAUCUUGUCAAGGAACAGUCUUGGCUGAAUGGUAUCUGUGGCCUUAAGUCUGAUUAAGAAAUCGGUAAUGAGGAGCUUUAUCCCUGUCACUUCAGGAUUAUGCACGUGUGUGUGUGUGUGUGUGUGUGUGUGUGUGUGUGUAUGUAUGUAUGUAUGUAUACAUGUAUGCAUCUAUGUAUGUACGUUUGUAUGUACCCAUCUAUGUCUGCAUAAGUAUGUGUAUGUAUAUAUACUGUAAAUCCUCGAGUAUAGUCCGCACUUUUUCCCCAAAAUUUAAAGGUCAAAAUUUCUAGUGCAUACUAUAUACAAAAUUAAAAAUGAAAAAUAUUUUCUAAGUGAUAAAUAUAUAAAGGCAAUUUACUUAAUAUAUAUUUUUCACUGACGUUAUUACAGUUAUUUCUUUAUUUUCUGCAAACAAAGUGCACAACAAAGCUACAUGUUUGCAUUAUGUUAUAAAUACAAUAAUAAUAAAGGAUGUUACCGUAUAUAUGUUUACAAACCAAAGACGUUAAUAUAGACCUCCUUGACUCAAGUUAGAGAAGGGGUGCGUAUUAUACACAAGGUUUAGGUUUUUCAGAGGUACAGCCCCCUAAAAAUCCCCUGUGUAUUAUACUCAAGAGCGAACUAUACUCGAGGAUUUACAGUAUAUAUAUAUAAAUAUAUAUAUAUAUAUAUAUACAUAGACAUUUGUGUGUGCCCACUUGUAUGCAUAUAUGUUCAAAGGCUUGUGGGUUUUUACAUAUAUGUGUGAAUGUAUACAAAUGUAUGUAUAUUACAUGUGUAUAUAGCUGUAUGCAUAUGUAUGUAUGCAUAUGUAUAUAGAUGUGUAUAUAUAUGCAGAUAUAUAUAGAUGUGUGUAUAUAUACAAAUGUAUAUAGAUGUGUGCAUAUAUAUAGAUGUAUGUAUGUAUAUAUGUAUGUAUGUAGUAUAUAUAUAUAUGUGUGUAUACAUGGCUGUUUGUUGCUUGUAACAGAAGAUUCUAGUAAAAAAUAAAAAAGAAUGAAAUUUAAACAUUUGAAAUGUUGAAAAAUACUCAAUAUUUUUUGGAACUUUUUAAAAAAAUUAUA